AUGCCAUUCCAGCAGGCCAAAUUUGACCAGUACGAACGUCCGUUCGAUACACUUGAGCUUCUAUAUCGCAGCAUAGCAGCAACUGGCGUGCAUUUUCAGAAGGAACAGUAUCUCAUCUCUAGUGUCAUCCGACUUGAAAGAGAACCCUCUAUGACAUGCUUGCAGCAGUCAUGGAAGGUGUUACGAUACCAGCAUCCACAAAUCGCAUCGGAGCCUAAUAAGACAGGCACUCGGCUGGUUUAUACGGUUCCUUCCCUGGAGGCACUGGAAAAGUGGCUACAGAACACGCUCGUUUUGCAUGCCAAUGAGACUCGUCCAGCUGAGAGCCUUGAUGAAGACCUUCUCCCAUCUUCCCUAUUCACGCUUCAUUAUCUACCCUUGUCAAGGGAGCUAUUAUUCAGAACACCGCACUGGCGCACUGAUGGAAGAGGCAUGAUACUGAUACAGCGUGACUUUUUGACUCUGCUAGCUCAAGGCCCUCAGCCUGCCCUGGAAUUUGACGGCUCGGAAUUUUCACGCAUACCUCCAAGCUUGGAUGAGGCGGUAGGCAUAUCGCUCGAAAUUACGGACGAAAUGAAAAGGGCCACAGAAACCGAAUUGUCCGUUCUUACUAUCGGGCCUGAACCCGCUUCAAUCAUCCAGACCCUGCCGAAUACCCGACCAAAAAAUUCGUGCCGCUUAAGUACCCGGCUUUCUAAAGAUCUGACUCAAAGACUUGUCGCGGCCAGUAAGGUCCGUGGCUUAACUGUGACAACAGCCGUUCAAGCUGCGCUUAUUGUCGCUGUCCGUCCCUACAUGGUUCCUUUGCAUGGUCGACUGGUCUGCUUUAACACCUUUGACAUACGUAACUGUAUACCGGCGCCAUGGAGUGGGUCUCAAGGGGCGACCGCCCUGUACCACACAGGUCGGCCCUGUAGCAUUGACUUGAGUAUCAAUGAAAACUACGACGCCAUCGCUGCAAUGUUGGCAUUACACUAUCAGCGCGAUUUGCAGCCACUUUUUAAAAUUAUGCCAUAUUACGUGCAGAGUAUUGGUGCUCUGCUAGCGACGUCAUUAGAAGUGGCGAUCCGAGCACCGGGUGCCGCGCAUCCUGAGCUAAGCUCGCUCGGUGUUAUUGACGACCAGUUGCCGACCACCUAUCCUGGCCCUGAAACCACACUGAAUAUUGAAGAUUGGUGGUUAGGUGUUCAAAUUACUAACCGAGUUUUGCAAACGUAUCUAUGGACUCGGGAGGGUCAGCUACAUCUCACUUGUCAUUUUAAUGAAGCCUUUUAUGAGCGAAAUUUUGUGGAGAAACUUUUGGAAGAGUGGAAAUCAAAGUUGGUGGGGGAAUUGGUUCCUUGUGGAUGA